AUGGACUCAGUGCCACAGGAUAGCAGUACAGCCAACAACAUGAAGUUGCUCUUAAUGAGCGCCUCCCUGGGCCCAAACACCGCUCGCCUCGCCGCGCCGCGCCCCAAUCCGGAACUGCCGGAGCUGAAGCGGGCCUCGCGGCUGCCGCGCCGGGAGUCGCGCGCGGUCCGCGCUGUGCCGGCAGGGCUGCGUGCCGCGCCUUCGGCCGCCCUCCCAACCACCCACCCAGGCGGAGGCGGCACCAGGGCGGCGGAAGGAAACCCCGCGCCGGGGACACCGAGGCGGCCGUUGCUCUUCACAGCCCUCAGCCCGGGGUCGUCGUCGUCCUCCUCCUCCUCCUGUCUCCACGUGCCUUCGGCGGCUUUUGCAGGAUCUAAUGGCUCCUGGCAGACCUUCAGCGAAGAAGACGACAGAGGAUCAGUCUUCAAAGCAAGAGAAGAAACUAUCCGCAUUCCCAAUCCUCACCUUGAGAAGAUAAAAGAGGACAUUCUGUAUCACUUCGCUCUUGGCACGGGGACCCAUGAUUUCCCUGCCUUGUUUGGAGAUGUAAAAUUUGUAUGUGUCGGAGGAAGUCCUUCUCGGAUGAAGAAUUUCAUCUCCUUCAUUGCAGAAGACCUGGGAAUCGGCAGCCCUGGUUGUGACCAUCCCAAUAUCUGUGCCGGAACAGAUCGGUAUGCCAUGUAUAAAGUAGGCCCUGUGCUGUCGGUCAGUCAUGGAAUGGGCAUCCCUUCGAUUGCCAUCAUGUUGCACGAACUGAUCAAGCUCCUGUAUUAUUCCAAGUGCUCCAACGUAAUCAUUGUUCGCAUCGGCACAUCAGGUGGAAUAGGUAUUUCUCCAAAGCCUUCUUCUUUAACAUAAAAAGUCAUUUACGCAUAUUGGCUUGCAAUAACGAAAUGGAAUUGUGAAAAGUAGGGGCCUUCCCCAUCUCUUAUUUUAAAUGUAGGCUUGGAGCCCGGCUCUGUCAUGAUCACAAAGCAGUCUGUUGAUGCCACCUUCAAACCUCAAUUGGAACAGGUUAUCCUGGGGAAGUCUGUAUUUCGCAGUACAGGCCUAGACGAGAAACUGGCGGAAGAGCUGAUGGAGUGUGGCAAGGAACUGAACCAGUUCAAUGCCGUCACUGGGAACACGAUGUGCACCCUGGAUUUCUAUGAAGGCCAGGCUCGCCUUGACGGUGCCAUCUGCUCGUACAGCGAAGAAGAGAAACUGGAGUAUCUGAAAUCAGCUUAUGCUGCUGGAGUGAGGAAUAUUGAGAUGGAAUCGUCUGUUUUUGCAGCCAUGUGUAAUCUUAGUGGUCUCAGAGGUGCUGUGGUAUGUGUCACACUUCUGAACCGGCUAGAAGGCGACCAGGUCACCGCACCUCAUGAAGUCCUGAAGGAGUACCAGACAAGACCACAGAAGUUGGUGGGACACUUCAUCAAGAAACGUCUUGGGAAACAGUGACCUCUUCCCCUUACUUUGUACUGUCAAUAGAAGGCCAGUGCUUCAUAAUGACA